AGGUUAUUUCAGUUAAUAUGUGGGAGUGUAUGGGUCAAAGUUUGGUUUAACAGGAGCAAACUGCUUUAGAGUGGCAUAACGUGACCGUGAAGUGCAAUGGCAGCAAGAAAUAUAAGUCGGUUUUGGGAAUGGGGUAGGAAAAUAAUUUGUGUUGGACGAAACUAUGCAGAUCACGCUAAAGAGCUGAAAAAUGCCAUUCCUACUGAACCCGUGCUUUUCUUAAAACCGCCGACAGCCUACGUAAGAGAGGGGUCCCCCAUCCUAGUUCCACUGUACACCAGCAACCUGCACCAUGAAGUGGAACUUGGGGUGGUCAUAGGCAAAGGGGGCACGAGUAUCCUACAGUCUGACGCUAUGGACCACGUGGCGGGAUAUGCCUUAUGUUUGGAUAUGACAGCCAGAGACAUCCAGGACGAGUGCAAGUCCAAAGGCUUACCCUGGACCAUGGCCAAGGCUUUUAACACGUCCUGCCCAGUCAGUGAGUUCAUCCCCAAAGAAAACAUCCCGGAUCCUUCAAAGGUCAAGCUGUGGCUCAAGGUGAACGACCAGCUGCGGCAGAGCGGCUGUACGUCACAAAUGAUUUUCUCCAUCCCUUAUCUCAUCAGCUAUAUCAGCGACUUCAUCACCCUGGAAGAAGGGGACCUCAUCUUGACUGGAACCCCUAAAGGCGUCUCCGCUGUGCAGGACCAUGACGAGUUGCAGGCCGGAAUAGAGGAUAUUCUGACCAUGACUUUUAAAGUAAACAGACAAGAACUUUAAAGGGCGUGAUUAACAAAAGUGUGUGAUCUGUGAAGAAUAUGCCGGAGCUGAGCUGAGGCUCCAUAUAAAUCUGUAAAUCUCAAUAUGGUACUGUCAAUUAGUGCCCUACAGGUGGCAGCAGUCUCUCAGGUCUUCUGUCCCUUCAGACAUGCUACCUUGCUACUGUCCUAAUGUUACCCCAGUCUAA